AUGACCACUACACCAUUGCCUUCUUUAUUCGAUAUCACGUCCCUGGACAUGGGCCGCGCAGAGCUCCUGCAGCAGCCCCACCAGGAGGCCUCCGCACUCCACUUCUCGGGACCCGUCGUCGGCGAGCUUGUGUUCGACAAGUUUGCGCCCCGCGACCUUGCCCCCGGGCCCAGCACUGGCUCUGUGAAGCAGGAGCACGAGUCCCCACUUUUGGACUUCAGCCCCGCGCCCAGCGCCGCGCCUGUUGGCUCUGGUGGCGUCACCGCCGCCGACGCGGAAUCCCUGGUUGCCGAUCACUUCCUGGCCUCCAGCGCGGACUCCACGCCUCUGUUCGAGCUUGAUGCUGUCGAGUCCGACCCACAAGGAUGGAACUCGCUCUUCGACGAUGACAUUGCAGUUUCUGUUUCAGAUGAGACCAUUGCGCCCUCUGUGUUUUCGGGCUCUGACGCGAUCUCCGAGGGCGCCCCAGAGCCUCAAGAAGCCGUUGCCGCAGCCAACCCCAGCACUGUCAUCGACGCUAACUCGUUCCUACCCACGCCAGUGAUCGAAGAUGUCAAGAUUUCGGCCAGUUGCAACAAGAAGAAGUCGCCUGCAGGCGCUGUACAGAAGCCUUGCAAGCUGGACCAUCUUGGCGUGGUUACGUACAACCGCAAGUCUCGUGCAGCUCCUUUGACGCCUGUUGUUCCCGAGUCCGACGACCCAGUCGCCAUGAAGCGUGCCAAGAACACCGAGGCCGCUAGACGUUCUCGUGCCAGAAAGCUGCAAAGAAUGAACCAGCUUGAGGACAAGGUUGAAGAACUCCUUAAGAGAAACACAGAACUGGAACAGGAGGUAGCCUCCUUGAGAGCCCUCCUUGGCGGGCAAUGCUAA